GCCCGGCCCCGCCCCGGGCCCUCCGCGACCGCCGGGACCAAUGAGAUGUCUGAUUUCCUGCAGCCUCCUCUUACCCAGGACUGCCCAAGUCUUGGCGGCGGAGGGUGGCUUACCGCCCAGCCGUUCCUUCAUGGGCUUUGCUGCCUCCUUCACCAACAAGAGAAAGGCUUACUCCGAGCGUAGGAUCAUGGGGUACUCCAUGCAGGAGAUGUUCGAGGUGGUUUCCAAUGUCCAGGAGUACUGCGAGUUUGUGCCAUGGUGUAAGAAGUCUCUGGUGGUAUCCAGCCGUAAAGGUCACCUGAAGGCCCAGUUGGAGGUCGGCUUUCCACCUGUCAUGGAACGUUAUACCUCUGCUGUUUCCACCGUCAAACCUCACAUGGUCAAGGCGGUUUGCACUGAUGGCAAGCUCUUCAAUCACUUAGAGACCAUUUGGCGGUUCAGUCCUGGUAUUCCUGCCUACCCCCGAACUUGCACUGUGGACUUUUCGAUUUCCUUUGAAUUUCGUUCUCUGCUGCACUCCCAGCUGGCCUCCAUGUUUUUUGAUGAGGUUGUCAAAAAGAAUGUUGCUGCCUUCGAGCGCCGGGCAGCCACCAAGUUUGGUCCAGAAACAGCCAUACCCCGUGAACUGAUGUUCCAUGAGGUGCACCACAGUUGAGGCAAAAGACUGUUCCUUAGCUUCUCCUUUACUCUCCCUCUCCACCCAAUUUUUAUUUAUUUCAAUGGACUCCUGCCCCAAUCUGAGAUAGAGUCUGUGUUUAUAAUACUGUUUUCCCUCAGUUCUCCAGAAAAGGGGCUCUAAGCUAGCUGGAAAUGCUGGGGGAAGAAAAGGCAGGGGGUGUGGAAGGGACACAUGCUAAGAAAUGGUCAGGCUCAUCUUGAGAGCCCUCUAAGCCUGAUGCCUGCAGCCUUCACACUGAAUUAUAAUUAGGACUGUGUGGUUAUCCCUGAGCCCUGUCAAGGUACCUUAGUGUCUGACCAGGGAAAAUAGCAACUUUUCUUAAGGAUUGAAUAAAUUGAGCUUUUUCCUCUACACAGAGGAACUGGAUGGUCAAUUACUUUUGCUUGCUUGAAAUGCCUCAGGGGAUGCUAGAGCUCUGGCCACAGCUUAAAAUCACAUCACCUCACUUCUAAGAUAUUUCCAUGCUAGUGGAGAGCCUGGGGCUUUCUUAUCAUCAGUGCCACGGGGUGAGAAAAAAAAAAAAAGCACUGAACAGAGUUAUACUUUUGGGAUGUACCGUAUUCUUCCACUUGGCCUGAGUUUUUAUAAAAUGUCAAUAAAUUAAUUGUGGCAAUGUGAA